AAGGGUUUACAUGAAAUACCAUUCUGACAUUUCUUUUCUAUUUUUCACUUACCAUUUGGAAAAAAAUAAAAAAACAAGUCUUUAACCAACUACCAUUAACUAACGGUUUCACCGUUCACUUCUCUUGUUCUUCCCACCAAUCUCUCCUCUCACAUGCCAGGGGGGACGGCUGAGAGCAACCGCCAUUCCCACCGUCGCCCACAACGGCCACCACCACGACCGCCUAAAGAGAGAGAUAAGUGUCUCUUUUGUGCCAUCUAUAUCUUAACGACGAUACUCGUCACUGCCAUUGGCCAUGUCUCUGCCGGUGAUGCGGAUGUCAUGGCCAAGUUGGCCAAGUCUAUCAGCCCAACCCCUGCGGGCUGGACGGGCUCCAGCUUCUGCAAAUGGCACGGCAUCAGCUGUGAUUCCUCAGGUCAAGUUACCUCCAUUAACUUAGCAUCAGAAUCUGUCUCUGGGACGUUGCCAUCGGAACUCAACCAGCUUUCUAGCCUGAAAUCUCUCAGCCUUCAAAGAAAUCAGCUCUCCGGGGCCUUACCAGCUUUGCCAAGUUCCGUGGAAGAGGUCAAUCUUGAUGAGAACAGCUUCAAUUCCGUCCCGUCUGGAUUCCUGUCAGGCUUGACAAGUUUACAAGCUUUCAGCAUCAUGAACAACACCGAUCUUCCCCCCUGGGAAAUCCCUGUGAGCCUGAAAGAUUCCAAUUCUUUAGUCAGUUUCAACGCAAGCAUGGCAAACAUUGUGGGGGAAAUUCCAGACAUUUUCGACUCCAUGCUGAAUUUCCAGACCCUCAGGCUUUCUUACAACAAUAUGACAGGGUGGUUGCCGGUGUCGUUUUCCAAGUCGUCGAUUGAGAAUUUAUGGAUCAACAAUCAGGCGAUGGGGUUUUCAGGCACGCUUCAUGUUCUUGGGAUGAUGACGCAGUUGAAAACCGUUUGGCUCCAUUCCAAUAAAUUUUCAGGCCCAAUUCCUGAUCUUUCUGCCUGUACAGAACUAUCUGAACUUGAGCUCCGCAACAAUUUUCUCACCGGUGUGAUUCCCGAUUCUCUUACAAAGCUUCCGAAGCUUCAAAUGGUCACGUUGCAGAACAACAAAUUCCAGGGACCAGUUCCUAGUUUCCGACGAGGCGUUGAGGCGAACCUUGGGACUACAAACAAUUUCUGUCUCUCUACUCCAGGCCCGUGUGAUCCACGGGUCACUGCAUUGCUCGAGGCUGUUGGCGCAAUGAACUCCCCAAUGAUAUUGGCAGAAUCUUGGGAGGGGAAUGACCCUUGUAAGGCAUGGAAAUUUAUUACGUGUGAGGGCGGAAGUGUGACCGCAAUCAAUUUUGGGAAGCAGAACUGGAUCGGGAUCAUAUCUCCGGCCUAUGCUAAUUUAACCACUCUGAAAACUUUGCUUUUAAAUGACAAUAAACUCGAAGGUGUGAUACCUGUGAGCUUGGCGAGCUUAAAGCAGCUCCAGACUCUUGAUCUCUCCAACAACAACAUUUCUGGAAAAGUACCAGAUUUCCCUUCUUCCACAACGGUGAAAGUCUCUGGCAACGAAUUCAUCGGUAAAGAUAUUCCACUUCGUUCUCCACUUGAACGUUCCUACGGAGGUAAUGGAGCAGACAUUCAAUCAGCCUCAGCUUCAAAAUCUUCUGUCUCGCCAUGGGGAAUUGCCAUUCCUGUCCUAGUUUCAGCUCUUCUUAUUGUAGUCCUGGGCUUUCUGAUCUACAGACGCCACAGGAACAAGCGAACAAACAGCUACGACUCGGUUAGCAAAGCAAGUGAAGAAGGAAACAGUGGAAAACAACUGAUUGACAUAGAUCCGAAUGCAAAAAGCUCUAACUCUGCUAGUAGUCUAAGUGAAACUUAUGAUGGUGGAAAUAUUACCAUCCCAAUUGACAUACUCAGAGAAGCAACAGACAACUUCAACGAAAACAACAUAUUAGGAAAGGGAGGAUUCGGGGUUGUCUACAGAGGACAACUCCAUGAUGGCACUAGAAUAGCAGUCAAGAGAAUGGAAUCCUCUUUUAUAACUGACAAGGGACUGAACGAGUUUAAGUCUGAAAUCGAGGUCCUCACAAAGGUAAGGCACCGGAACUUGGUUGCCCUGCAUGGAUUUUGCAACAACGACAGUGAAAGGCUUCUGGUUUAUGAGUACAUGCCGAAGGGGUGUCUCUGUGAGCAUUUGUUCCAAUGGAAAAAGACAGGAUCUCCUCCACUCACUUGGAACCAGAGGGUGAUUAUAGCUCUGGAUGUUGCAAGAGGGGUUGAGUAUUUGCAUAGCUUGGCUCAGCAGAGCUUUAUUCAUAGAGAUUUGAAGCCCUCCAACAUCCUUCUGGGAGAUGAUAUCAGGGCAAAGGUUUCUGAUUUUGGCCUGGUGAAAGCUGCCCCUGAUGGAAACCAUUCCUUUGAAACAAAGUUAGCUGGAACCUUUGGUUAUCUUGCUCCAGAAUACGCAGCCACAGGAAAAGUUACCACAAAAGUUGACGUGUAUGCCUUUGGGGUGAUCCUGAUGGAGAUGAUCACAGGGAGAAAAGCCUUAGACGACUCCUUGCCUGAGGAAAAAUGCCACUUGGUAACAUGGUUUCGCCGCCUCCUCAACGAUAAAAACGCCGUAAGGGCCGCCGUGGACCCCACCCUAAGCUCAACCAUGGACGAAGAGGGCUUCCACAAGAUAUGGAAAGUUGCCGAGCUAGCUGGCCACUGCACCGUCAGAGAGCCUCAGCAUCGGCCCGACAUGAGCCACCCCGUCAACGUGCUGUCGUCUCUGGUGGAGCAGUGGAAGCCAGGGGCAGCCGGGGCAGAUGAAGAUGACAGCUUCGGGAUCGACGUCCACAUGAGCCUCCCACAAGUCUUGCAGAAAUGGAAAGCUAAUGAUGAUUCAUCCUCUGCAUUGACCAGUGAUUACUUCAUUAAUGGGAACAGUACUAGUUAUAGCACCACACGAUGAUAGCUUCUGCAGUUCAGGAUCGCUUGUUCACUAGUGGGAAAUGAUAGAAUCAUUCUCAUUCAUUAGCAGACGAACGUUAGGUGAUUGUUUAAAAGUUGUCUGCCAAAAAUUAUGUAUAUAUGUAUCCAGCAUCAAUAACAACUGUUAUUCUAUUAGGUUA